AUGUCUCUCGUCAACCUUGCCUCCGUGUGCGCCCACCUGAACAACGCCACCAAAGCCCGCCUGGGUCUUACAUCGAUCCCCAACAGCAAUCUCCACCUGAAGCUGUGCCAGGCCCUCCAGAACUCCGGCUACAUCUCCUCCGUCGUGCGCGGAGGCCCGACACCUCCUCCUACGCAUCCUAUCCUCGGCCACCCCACUGCAAACGAUGAAGUUGAGGGUGUUGAGCCUAUUACUCGGGACAAUGUCGCCUCCCGUCGCCUCUGGCUGGGUCUCAAGUACUGGCAGAACGAGUCCGUCCUGGGCAAGGUGAAGAUGGUCAGCAAGCCCACCCGCCGGGUUCAUCUCAAUGUCGAGGAAUUGCGCCGAGUCGUUCGUGGUGAAGAGGCCGGCUACGUGGCUGGACUUCGAUCGCCCGGUGAGAGUCUCUACCUGUCGACAGACCGAGGAGUCUUGGAGGCUCGCGAGUGUGUGGAGAAGAAGCUCGGUGGCCUGGUUCUCUGCCGGGUGCUAUAA